AUGUCUGCUCGCCGCACACACUAUGAGAUGCUAACAGCAACCCAGAUUGCAAUAAUCGUCAUCAUAAUCUUCGUCAUCCUCCUCGUCACCUACCUUCUCACCCGCAAGCUCCGCCGCCAAUCAGGUGUGCCUACCCGAAAACCCAAGGACAAACUCCCCUCGCUCUUUUCAUGGAAGAACUUAAGAAUACGGCCGCGCCGCAACGAGUAUUCUACAAGCCUACAAGACCAGGAUGCCGGGAGGAAUAGCAAUGCGGGGACAAAUCGCGAUCGCGAGAUGACCGGGAGCGUGUCCGUUGCGAAUGAUCCGGAAAGACAGUCCUUGGCCCAGAACAGCAAUACCAAUGCGAACGCUGGCGUGGACCGCAAUACCUCGGUCCGUAGCGUAAUGACGCUCCCCCCAUAUGCCCCCGCUGCGCGAGAAAACGAGCAGGUCCUGGGAAGGGAAGGCGAGAGAGGAGGCAUUGACACCGUCGUCGAAUUCCCUGAAGACAUCGACGAAGAAGAAUCCCGUCGGGAAGGCGAAAUGGAGUCCCUCUACCAGAUCCGGCUUGCCCGCCGCCAAGAGGCGCGCGACCGCGAAGAGCGACGGCAAGCACGUAGGGAAGCACGACAACGCGGCGACUAUGAGGCUCUUGCAGAGAUCAGGAGGAGGGCGGAACAGGCAGCCGACGAAUCCGUCAGCGCGCUGCUUAUUGCGACCCAUCAAACCUCCAACCGCGAUCGUCGCGUUUCCUCCGUGCAGUACGGUGAUCUAGGUGUUGCAAGGCAUGACGGAACAAGGCUGAGAGCGAACUCGACGGACAGCGAUAACCGACCUCUACUUGAUAGCGCCGCGUCGUUUGGAAGCAGUGGACGGGCGAGGGGCAUGUCAAGUACGACAUUAAGUACGCAUCAGCGAGGACUAUCGGCGUCAUCUUUACGAUCUGUCUCGACAGGCCGCGCAUCUGAAGAGUACGAAUUCCCUCCUGAGGCCACGACCACUCACCGCUCCAACUCCGACGACUUCGAGGUUGUCUCGCUGUCGCACCCACAAUCUAACUCUAACCCGCAUUCGAGAAAUCUGAGCAGAGUCACGACACCCAAUCCAGCCCCUAGCAUCGAAAUACCAAACGAGGAUGCGCCCGCGUACGAAGACCCGCCGAUAUACGAAAGCCCGAUUGCGACGAGGGCGCCGCAAUUACCUGGUGCGCCGCAACUGCCCACACUAGAGCGUUUACCAAGUAUACAUAUUACACCCGAGCCGACACCCCUUGACGGCAGGGAGCCAUUGAGGGACUAUUCGCCGGCAUCUAGGUAA